AGACUAUAGAGACUGAAUAACUGAAGCUCACUGGCAUUUCAUUGGCUCAAGAGAGGACUGUCAGUCUUGUCUACAGCACCUGCACGCUCCUAGCUGCUUGACGGCUGUGCGUGAACUCACAAAACCCUUCUGGAUAUCCGUUCAUCUUCAGCCACCCGUGGUAGGAUGGAAGAAGCAGAACUCUUAAAGGAGCGCCUUCAAGCUAUUACGAAUAAGAAAAAAAUCCAAGAAGAAAUUGCCCACAAGCGGCUUGAGAUUGACAGAGAGAAACUAAAGCUUCAACAUGUCAAGAAAAGAUCCAUGAGAGAUCUGUGGCUCAUGGAUGGGAUGAAUAGCAGUAAUGCACAGGAAACACAAAAAGCUCUUGAAGAUGCACAGCAAACUAAGCACCUCAAGAGCACCAUACAUCGGAUAGAGAAAGAGAUUGAAGCGUUGGAGAGAGAGGAAAUGAACAUCUCAACAAAUGAGGGGCUGAUUUUAAAGAGGCUCAAAGUCAUUGAAAGGUCUCCAGAGGACAUCAUUAAGGCAGUGCAUGCAGAUUUCACAACAGAGCCAAUCUAUAUUCAGUCAACAAUUCCAAACAUGCGAAAUCCCAGCACACCGCUAAAAAAUCAGAGGAAGAAACAAGACCUGGAAACUGAAGCAAAAACCGACCAAUCCAAACCUGCUUUGCUCGCCAUGGAAAUUAACGUUCAGAAGGACUUGCGCACAGGUGAAAGCCAAGUCCUCUCCACCUCCACCAUUUCUCCCCAAGAGCUCCAGCAGAAAGGCAUCAAAGUCUAUGACGAUGGCCGGAAGUCCGUCUACGCCCUGCGUACGGAUGGUCACCAGCCUGGUGCUAACGGAGUGGAUGAACUCAGUCCUGUUGAGGUCGAGGAGCUGCUGAGACAGGCGUCUGAGAAAAAAAAGAGGUCCAAUCACGUUCAGGUUCCCUACAACCUCUCCCAUGAGGCCAGUAAAUUCCAAGAGAGCCACGAAUCCAACGGAUACCAAGAUCCAUAUAGCGUCGACUUAUCGGCAUGGCCUGAGCUUGUGUACAGUAAUGGUGUGUGCUAUCCAGAGAAUGUAGGUCAUGGACUUCCUCUCCUGCCAAUGCCUAAUUACAAUGACAGACCAGAAGAAUGCUAUCACAACAGAGGGGAAAGACACAUGCAUGGACAGUAUUACAACCAAAGAGAGAACCACCAGGGGAUGCGACUUUUGGAUUGUGACAUCAGAAACCACAGUCCAUGUUCGGCCUAUUCUGCGGACUCCAAACUCAGCGUGCUGAAUGCCAUGCCAUCGGACGAGCCUGUCACCAUGAUCUUCAUGGGAUACAAGAAUGCCGAAGAUGACAGCCAGAGCUGUGAGGGCUCAGUUCAGGCAGAGCUGGUGAUCAUUGGAGACGGUGAAGAUGAAGCAAGUAAGAGCUUGAUCCCCCAUCAAAACUCCAAUGCCUUUAUCCCCUCUGCUGGACGAAAGGGCAAAAGAGACGGCACGGAGGACCCGUCCACUACAGCAUUACAGAUACAGAUGGAGAAACUGGGCCAAUCUGCAUAACAUGCACAUUUUGUGUAGUUCACACUCUGGGAACUCUGAGAUUGUUGUACGAUGGUCAAGAGCAGCCAGCGAGACAAGAAACGUGAACCAACGUCUCAGCAGAGUCUUCUGAAAGUGAAAUAUGGAUGUAUUAUUAACACUUUUUGAGAAAAUAUUUCAAUUCUAACUUUAAUUUACUCCUAUACAUAAUUUACGUAUAGUUUUAAUGACAAUAGAGCUUGAAAGAAAUACAACGCACACAUAUCUGUUGUAAGCUACAUGACACUGACUAAUGUUUGAAAUGACUUGUCAAUAAACUCAAUAGCUAUAUAUUCCAUUUUGAAGGCUGCACCAUAAGGAGGAUGCGUUUGAAGGCCACAUUCAUCGAGGAUGUCUCAUUUAAGAAAAUUAAAGAGGUUUUAUGAUGCGAUUUCAAGUUUUCCUUUCUCUUUGGAUUGUUACCAGCUGUUCGUGCAUAGACAAGAACCCUAAAGUUGCAAAGACUAAAGUCUCAAACCCAAAGAAAUAUUCUUUAUAAAAGUUAAAGGUAUAUGAUGUUUUUUUAAAGAUCAUUAUUUUUUGCAUUUGGUGUAACAGAAUAUGUUGACAAGCUUUAAUGCUCAAAAAACUUUUUUUUUUCAAAUACUGUACAUUAUUGUCCUCUAUGCCCCUCCUCUCUCAAAUGCGUCAUUUUCUACAAAGUCCCUCCUUCUGACAAGCGCAGUCUGCUCUGAUUGGCCAACUGACCCAAUGCAUUGUGAUUGGCCGAACACGGCAAGCACUCAUUGGAAGUGUAACAUCCCUUUCCAUAAUUGCGAGCUUCAUCUUUCAAAAUAAAUGUAAAGACAGUUAAUAAUGUCCUUAGUUUUACCAUCAGUUCAAGCCUGAAAAGGAAACAGAGUGGCGUGACAGAUACAGUGAUGAAGCUUGUAUGUGUUCGCAGUACACAAGCCAUCAAUAGUUAAGACAGCUGACUCCACUGUGUGACCGUCUCACUCUCUCUCUCACUCACAAACACUCGUGCAUACGAGUGGGAGGAGCAGAGUCUUAACUUUGAUGAAGAAUAUCUCUUUGGAUUUUAGUCUUCAGUCUUUGCAGCUUUACAGAUCUUCUUCAUGCACCAAGAGCUUGUAACACUCCAAAGAUAAAGAAAUAAUUGAAAUUGCAUCAUAUGACCCCUUUAAGACUUGUCCAUGCCCUCCUAAAAUGCCUCAUUUAAACACAUCCCCACAUGUCUAGUCACAAUGUGGGAAGAUUUGCAUAACAACGCCCAAAUGUUCACACAAAGAAAGAGGGUAUAAUUUUGAUUCUUGCUGCAGUAUUAUUGUUGCCGCCGGUACCAUGUCGUGGAGACACUGUGUUUUUCGGUGUGAAAGCGAAAGUACUUAGUUUGGUCUUCCAAAAGAGGGCACAACUAGAAAUUAGUGGUUAAGUUGUAUUUUCAACAAUGUUUCAGAAAAGUUCUAACCAAAUUUCUGUUUGCCUGAACGUACAAUGCCAGCUAUUAUGACUCACUACCUGUAAGUAUGUUUUCAUAUUUAAAGAAUUAAGACAGUGUAAGUCAUUAUAAUCAGUAAUUAUGUCCCCACUGGAUGCAACAAAUGCCUCAUUUGUAAUAGAUUGUUGUUUUUGUCUUGUUUCACCGGGACAUGGCAUCACGGUACUGUAAUUAUCUUAACAUUUCCGUCACACGCUUGAGGUAUUCGGCCAAUCAUGCACUGGAUACCUGGCCAAUCAGAGCACACCUCGCUUUUCAGAAUGAUGAGCUUUGUAAAAAUCUAUGCGUUUCAUAAAGGCAGGGCAUAGAGGAGCAACAAUAAAGUACAUUAAACCACACAAAACAAUGUUUUUUUAGCAACGUCAUAUGACCCCUUUAACCAUUAUACAAUUUUAUAUUGUUCCUUGUGAGACAUAAAUUACUGUGAUUUCUUUCAUACUCUUCAAUGUAAUAGUUACUUUUCUUAAAUGAGAUGGGCUAAAUUAUGUAUUUGGCCAACAAAUGUCACCUCUGGAGGCCGCAGCUUUUGAAUUGAGACAGCACAUUUUCUGAAAGCUAUGAUAUUUUUAAGACUGAACCUCCAAAAAGGAACAUUUUGCUGUUAUAUGUCAAAAUACUGUAUGAGGCAUCCUUUCAGAAUGACAAUCAGUCCUCAUGACGUGUGUGUAUGUGGCUGACAGCUGUUGCAGACACCUAUUAUCUGUGCUAAAGAAUUAAUUUGUCUUGUUUUCAAUGUUCUUUAUCGGAUGAGUCCUUAUUUUAUAAUGUUAUUAAUAUUAAAUAAAAUAAGUGGUGCCUUUAUUAAAACAACUAACACAUAUUAAAGAGAUAUUUCACCCAAUAUGAAAAUGAUCACUUUUUCGGCCUUGUUUUUUUUUUUACUCAUAUGACUUUC